AUUACAAAUACUAAAUAUUCCAAGAGAACAAAAUUGCAUUUAAAAUUUUAGCUCAUGAACCAAAUUUUACUCUGUGUUUUUAUUGUUCUUCUGAGAAAAUUUACUUCAUUUAUUAACUGAUAUGAAUUUUCUAAGAUUUUUGCUUAAAGGUGCUUCUACAGACAUAAAAACUGACCAGAAUGAACAAUCAAUAAUUGAUUAUUCAAACAUCGCAAUUGUUGCCCGUCUUUUUGCAAUAAAAAAAACAAAAGUCAAAUAUAGGGGUUUUCCUUCGAAAGAAAGUGCAGUUCUUCAUCAUAUCAAAAUAUCUACAUACAAAAUUUAUUCAUCAUUCAAGCAAUUCGGUGCAGUUAAAGAUAUUGAUUUUUUUGUACAAACUGACAAACGUUAUGCCUAUUGCUGGAUCUAUGUUGAAUUUUAUGAAUCUCAGAGUGUUGAUGCAGCAUUGUUAAAACAACAAAUCAAAAUUGGGGACGAUAUAUUUAAAAUAAAUAGAACUAAACGUAAAAUUUGCAAUUUUGGUAUAGUGAAAGAGAAAAUCAAUAUUGAUGAAAUAUUAUUGCAAGCACCAGAUGAAAAUUCACCAAAAAACAUUCUCAAUAUUCUUAAUGAUGAUUGCUUAAGGGAAAUAUUCAAGCAAUUACCUUUUCGAGACCAAUGUUCAGUGUUAAGUGUUUGUGUUCGCUUCAAUCAAAUUUCCAAGAAAUGUUUGGCACUAGGUUUGGCAAAAAAACAAAUUGAUUGUGGAAUCAAAAGCAAUACACAGAUUCUAAUGGAGACUUUGCUAUCAUUACCAUUACAACAAGCAAGUGAUUAUUUACGUAAUUUUGAUUCAUCAAUUUAUGAAAUUGAUGACGAUGAUUUAUCAGGACGAUAUUAUUCAAUGUGGAAAGAAAAGAGGGACAUUGUUUUGGGAAUGAUCAGCAAACAUUGCACAAAUAUUCGUAAACUUGAAUUAAAAUCAUAUGAUUCUUAUUUUAUAGAUAUACAAAGGUUUAGCGAAUUGAUUCCAUUAUUUACGCGUUUAGAGACGUUACAUUUGCACUGUUCACACAGACGACUUGAUUCUUUAUUGCCCAUUUGCUCUCAACUGAGUGCACUGAGUCUAGAAGAUUUUUUUUGCCAAUAUCCUCUACCACCAAUUAAGCUACCGAAAUUAGUGGCAUUUAGAAUUGAUUCACCUCUUUACAAACGAAAAAAAUCGUAUAUAUCUUCUUUGAAAAUAUUUUUAUCCCUUAAUACUCAAUUGGAAGUAUUUUCUUAUAAAAGCAGUCCUUGGAUAUUCUAUUCUGAGAAACAUGAUUCAGUGAUUGGUCAACUAAAAGGUUUGAAGGUUUUGGAAAUUCAAUGCUAUUUAAAAAAAAUUGAGAUCAUACAUUUGAUACGAGAAUUGCUAUCAAACAAUGUGCCAAUAGAACAUUUAAAAUUAGAUAUCAAUAUAAAGAUUGAUGAUGAAGUUAUUGAGUGUAUUUCUCAAAUGAAUACCAUUCAAAAGUUAGAAUUUGAUGUAUGGUGCCAUACAAAGUUUGAUAAACGAUAUCUUAUUCAUCUCGCAUUGAAUCUACCAAAUCUGGAAGCUAUGAUGUUGAAAUAUAAAAAACAGAUAGAUUUGAUCUUAGUAGAUGGAAACAUUCAGCACAUAGUAGAAGAAUUGCAGGAAAAGAUUUCAUCCGAACUCGAAGUAUCGAUGAGGGAGGUAAACAAAAUUAUCCAUUUUCUUCUUGAUUUAAUAAAAUAAAAAAUUAUUGUUGUUGUUGACAGUAUGUUCAGUUAAUUAAAUGAAAAAAUAA